UCUAAAAAUUGAUGCUUUUCCUGACAUGUUCAUGCAUUCUUUCAGGGUCAGCUUUGGAAUUCACCUCUUAAAUUUUGUAUUUUCUUUUCUUUUCUAGGCCUGAGAAGAUGGCCAAAUUACCUGUUAUUUUAGGCAACCUAGACAUUACAAUUGAUAAUGUUUCCUCAGACUUUCCCAAUUAUGUUAAUUCAUCAUACAUCCCCAUGAAACAGUUUGAACACAGUAGCAAAACUCUAGUCACGUUUGAAGUAGAAGAGUUUGUUCCCUGUAUACCAAAACAUACUCAGCCUUUCACCAUCUACAAUAAUCACCUUUAUGUUUAUCCCAAGUCCUUGAAAUAUGACAGUCAAAAGUCUUUUGCAAAGGUGAGUGAAAAGAUACUCCUGCAGAAUUCUCACUGCGGGUUCCAAAGCUGCUUUUCAGAUUUGGGUCUUUCCUUAUGGUCCUUCUUCUGAA